AUGGCCAGUGCUAGAGCUCCCACUCUGGUGGCCCUGGUCGCCGUGAUUCUAGGCGUGUUAGCCGUCUACCUUCAACCCUAUCGAGACUUUCUUGCUCAAAAAGGCGUCGAGUAUGGAUUUCACUCGCUCGGUGUGUUUUCCCUAGCACCAACUGUUAUCGACCCUGUCCGAGAUAUUAAAUAUCUCGGCAUCCACUCUGCUAGCAUUGAGCAUUUCCAUGAGAUCUUCUACGCAGAGAAUCCUGUUGGCGAAAAACGAUUUGCGCCACCGGUCCCCGUAAAGCCUUCUAAAGGAUCCAUCGUCGAUGCGACACGGCCUGGGGCCUGGUGUCCCCAGGGUACUGGAGAUAUACUUCCUUUCACCAGUCGUGUAGCCAACAUCAGUGAGAAUUGUCUAAGUUUGAGGAUCGCCCGGCCGAGCGGCGUGAGCAAGAAUGCCAAGUUGCCGGUGGUGGUAUGGAUCCAUGGAGGUGGUCAUGCGUUGGGUUCCGGGUCAGAUAUCUUAUAUACCCCAGAUGGCUUGGUCAAGCAAGCUGCGGCAGAUAAUCGACCUUUGAUAUAUGUCGCCAUUAACUAUCGCUUCGGCAUGUUCGGCUUUGCGACAAGCAAAGCAUUGAUUGAAGCCGGACAGACAAACGUGGGUCUUCGUGACCAACGGGCCGCUCUUGAAUGGGUUCGGGAUAACAUCGAGGUGUUUGGUGGCGAUCCUAAUAAAGUGACUGUCGUGGGACAAAGUGUAGGAGCUAGCGACAUUGGCCUGCAGUUGACAGCAUUUGACGGAACGCAAGGGGUUCCAUUCCAGCAAGCAAUAAUGAUGUCGGGCGGUCCAGGCCUGAACUUCAAUAGCAAGCCUGAUAUUGUCGCAGACAACAUCGCAGCAAUCGCAAGGCAGGUCGGAUGUGUUGAAGAUGACGAUGAUCAAUCCUCGAAGGUCCUGGAAUGCCUGCGGAAUGUUCCCUUCGAGACACUGACCAAUCUCUCCGUCACGGCUUCUCGCGCCGCCCGGCCACCUUUCGGCGAGGGUUUCUUCUAUCCAACCAUUGACGGUGACUUUAUUCGCGAUCGGCCAUCCCAGCUGGUGCGCGCAGGCAAAUUUGCCAAAGGAAUUCCGAUGAUUGGCUCCUGGGUAACGAAUGAUGGGGCCUGGUAUGCAUCCCCUCUAGCCUCGACCGACGAAGACGUGUUGGAUAGUUUUGGGCGUUGGCUUUUCAAUCUGUCCAAUUCAACCAAGCAGCGACUGCUAAAACUCUACCCACGUGAAGAUUUCGAACACAUGGUUCGAGAGGGAUCCGACGGUCCGGUCUCCGCACAAUACUACCGUGCCGCGCAAAUGAAUCGGGACAUCUGGUUCACGUGCCCCGUUCUGGACUUUGCCUGGCAGUACGUCAAGAACGGCGGCGUGGAGCCGUCCCAGGUUCGAGUGUACGAGCAUAACUCUACUAGGUUCACCCCUGUCUUUGAGAAAAUGGGCGUCCCGAUGUGGCGGAUUGCUCACCUGAGUGAUAUCCCGUACGCCUUGAACGCCCAGAAUCUUGAGGGCGGUGCGGAUAACUCUGCCUCGCAGCUUGCCUUGGCCCGGGUGGUGAGCGGAGCCGUCGCGAAUUUCGUGAAUACGGGGAGUCCGGAGAACGAAGACGGUCAAAUCAAGAGAUGGCCUGCGGUCUUUUCUGGUGCAACCAGUCAAGACUUGGCCGGGGAGUCUCCAAGCAGGCUUUCAAUUCAGGUGUUUGGGGGUCCAUAUGGGACCGGCCCAGCAAUCGUUAGCAAGGAUCUGGAUGAGGAAAAGGCUACCGAAGCAGAAAAAGCUAUCUACUGGGCGCAGCUACUCCGUAGAUGCGAGUUUAUCAACAGCGUGCAGAUGCGGGAGGAGGCUGGCGUGUAA